AUGUCUUUCCUUCAUAAUCAUUCUUGCGAGUGCGUUAAGUCAGAAUUGGAUUUGUUUGCACUACCGUCUACACAAACUAGCAUUGAAAAUGGAUUGUGGAUACAUUAUAAACCAAUUUCAUCUCUUGGUGAUGAUGGACCUAUCGAGUUUCAAGUUCCUGGAACCGGCGAUGACUACAUAGAUUUGUCUCAUACAUUACUCCACAUAAAGGCAAAAGUAUUAAAUCAAGAUUCAACUAACUUGGUAUCUACUACAAUAGUAGCACCUGUAAAUAAUUGGCUGCAUUCACUUUUUAGUCUACUUGAUGUUUAUUUAAACCAAAAACUUGUAUCACCACCUAAUAAUACCUAUGCAUAUCGAGCAUACAUGGAAACCCUUUUAAACUAUGCCCCUGCUGCUAAACAAUCUCAUCUUACUUGUAGUCUUUGGUAUGAGGAUACAGCAGGAAAAAUGGAUUCUACAGAUGGUAAAAACAUAGGAUUUGUUAAAAGACAGGAAUUGAUUAGUGAAAGUAAGGAAAUAGAAAUGAUUGGUCAUCUUCACGGUGACAUUUUUAACCAAGAUAAAUUUUUAAUUAAUGGUGUUGAAAUGAGUGUUAAAUUGGUUCGAUCAAGAGAGAGUUUUAAUUUAAUUGUUGGGUCGAACGAUGUAAAGUUUAAAGUUUGCAUUACGGACGCAACUCUUAUUGUGCGACGAGCACGAAUUAAUCCAAGUGUAUUACUCGCACAUCAAAAAGUUUUAGCUUCUACCACUGCUAAAUAUCCUAUUACUCGAGCUGAAGUAAAAGUUUUAACAAUUCCUUCAGGUGUUCAAGGAAAAACUCUUGAUAAUAUAUUUUUAGGACAGGUACCGAAAAGAUGUAUAAUUGGAUUUGUGAACAAUUCUGCAUUUAAUGGUUCCCUUACUAAAAAUCCAUUUAACUUUGAAAACUAUGGUAUUAAUUCUUUCAGCUUAUAUAUUGAUGGUCAACAAAUACCUUCAAAAGCUUUGCAACCAUCUUUUAAUAAUAGCAUAUUUACAUCAGCAUAUCAUACUCUAUUCUCGGGAACUGGUAUUCACUUUCUUAAUGAAGGAAAUGGAAUCUCUUGUGAACAGUAUGGCAAAGGUUACUGUCUAUUAGCAUUUGACUUAACUCCUGAUUUAUCAGCUAACUCAUCAACUCAUUGGAAUCUCAUAAAGCAUGGUAGUGUAAGAAUAGAAGUACGAUUUGAAUCCUCAUUAAUACAAACAAUUAACUGUAUAGUUUAUGCUGAGUUUGAUAAUAUUAUUGAGAUAGAUAAAAACAGAAAUGUUACUGUAGACUAUAGUAGUUAA